UCUUCUCAUUAGUUUAUUUUUUCAUCAGUUUACAUUAGUUUAUUUUUUCAUCAGUUUACCUUUCCACCAGUCUAGACUUCUUGUGUUAAGUUGGCUUUCAAUAAACUUUUUAAAUAUUUCUUUACUCAAUAUAAAAAGAUAAGUCUAAGUAGUUCUCUCUUUUCUCUCACCACCUGUUUCUUCUGAGAUGGAUAAACUGCCAGGGGUGAACAUAACGACUGCUAACAGCUCUACUGUGGCCCGGCUUCAUCCUUCCUUCAUCGAGCAUGGUUCCUACCAGCACCUGUGUGUCCUCGUGCCUGUCAUCCUCGGGGUGAUCUGUGUCCUYGGGCUGGCCAGUACCCUCACAGCCAUGGGCAUCCUGAUCUCAAACGCCCACCGUGGGAAACUAUCCCUUAUCAACGCUCUCAUCCUCAACCUGAUGUUUGCCGACGGCCUUGUACUGGCWUUCGCCCUCCCGUUCCGCGCUGCUGCCUUUUCCAAACCCAGUUGGACGCUUGGUUGGACGGUGUGCAAGACCUGUGAUUGGUUCCUGCAGAGCUGCAUGGCUGCGAAGAGUUUUACCGUAGCGGUGAUGGCUAAGGCUUGUUACCGUUACGUCUCUAACCCGACUAAACAGGUCAGCAUCAGUCUACGCUCCAUCCUAUUGGUGAUGUGGUUCCUCUGGCUGUCUGCCUGCUCCGCCCCCAUCCCUACCUGGCUGUUCUCCUCACUGCAGAGAGAGACCCGGGGGCUGGUGUGUGUGCAGGUGGUUCCCCCUGAAGCGCAGGACUUCAUGUCGGUCUACGUCAAGGYGUACCCCCUGAGUGUGUUCUGCGCCCCUUUGAGUUUUGCCCUGCUGUAUUUCUGGCGGGUGUAUGGGCAGUGCCAGCGGCGCUGUAGUAAGACCCAGAACCUCCGAACGCAGAUCAGAUCCAGGAAGCUCACUCUGAUGCUAUUCAGUCUGACGGUAGCCAUGACAACGAUGUGGCUGCCACAGUGGGUGGUCUGGGUGUGGGAGCGGCACGCCGCGGAGCGAGAGGCACAGGGACCGGGAGGACCCUUUGUYGUCUUCUCUCCCCCUCUCCUCCUCUCCCUCUCCGCCCUGCUCCUCACUUUCUUUCUCUCCCUGGUGAACCCGCUCAUCGUCCUCUCUCUGUCAGAGGAGUUCAGGGAGGGUUACAGAGGUCUGUGGAGGCGCCUUACUCUUCGUAAACACACCCUGUCCAACCCCAAACCUGGCCCCCAUGCACCCACUGCCCCCCAGUCCCCCUGCCCACGACCAGAGACCUCGGGCCAGCMGAGGGGAGGAGACGGAGGCCUAGGCUCCAUCCCUUGCCAGGGGACGAGAGUUGAUCCCCAACCCCAGAUGGAGCAGGGCGGAGUGGGAGAGGCGGAGGAUGAGGCAGAGGGAGAGAGCCCUCGGGAUGGGAUCGUGCUGCUAGACGUGGAGCAGUUUUGGCAUGAGAGAGAGACAGGCUCCAUGACAGAGGAGAAUGAUCCCAUACCCUGGGAGCACCAGGAGGGCGCACCAGCCGAGGGGAGGAAGUGAAGGAAGUGAGGAGAAGAUAUACACACAGACAAACAGGACUGGUUCUAAGAGGCUACUCAAUACUCAGCUACAUCUGUCCUUGUCUUUGUGUAUCUGUCUAUCUUGUGUGGUUUUUGUGAACAAAUUGUGUUACCCACCACAACCAGUGAUUUUUAAGUAAAAGGUUGUUUGAGAGUAUUUGGAUACUGCCUCAACGAUGCCUGAUACACUCUUUAGCAUGGAGACCAGCCAGUAAGCCUCCCCUCUCUCUUCCUCUCAGUUAGCGCCACAGCGUUCAAACAACCUUCAAACAACACACACACUGACAGACUAUAUCAGCAGCUGUAACGGACUGACAUUUGACUAUACCUCACUGGACUGAAGAUCAGUCAACAGAGGAAUCAGCACAGGAGACAAUACAGGAGACAACACAGGAGACAAYACAGGAGACAACACAGGAGACAAUACAGGAGACAACACAGGAAUCAACACAGGAGUCAAUGGUUGGUAUUCAUUCAACUGUGUCUAUGAUAUUGUUUGAUGGGAAUUACAUUGGUUUGUCAACUGUUUGAUUGGUUAUUGUUAUGGUGAAUAUACAUAAAGUGUUAUAUUUCACUGUAGAUGUGUGUGUAUAUAUAUAUAUAGUGCUAGUCCACCUACCGCUAACUAGCAGGCUUGUAACU